AUGGCGUCGUCGUCUCUCCUCCUGUGCCUCCUCUUUCUGUCCGCAGCUGCGGCCGCCGGCGGCGCUGUUGUCAACCCCCGCCGGUCCCUCGCCGCACAGACUGCGAAAUCAGGCGACAUGGCGUCCCUGGCGGCUGGGAGCCCGAUGGUGGCAGGGCUCAUGAACGAACGUCUCAAGGCCCUCACCACCUCCUUUGCGCAGCAGAUGGGCAGGGAGUUUCACUACUGCAUCAAGAACAUGGAUCGAGAGUGGAACACGGCCUUCAAUUUCUCUUCCGAUCCCGCCUUCCUCACAACCUGCAUGAAGGAAACCAACGGAGACCUACCGCAGCGCGUGUGCACGGCCGCGGAGAUGAAAUUCUACUUCGAGAGCUUCCUCGAAGGCAACGGAAGGAAGAACUACGUGAGACCGAACAAGAACUGCAAUCUCACUUCGUGGAUCGAUGGGUGUGAGCCCGGAUGGUCCUGUAGCGCUGGCAAAGACCAGGAGGUCAACUUAAAAGAUGCUGUCAACAUCCCUUCUAGAACCAUUGACUGCCGAGGUUGCUGCGCUGGCUUCUUUUGCCCUCAUGGCCUCACUUGCAUGAUACCAUGUCCUCUGGGAGCCUACUGCCCUGAGUCCACUCUGAAUAAAACAACUGGAGUCUGUGAUCCGUACCACUAUCAGCCACCUGCUGGAAAGCCGAAUCAUACGUGUGGCGGUGCUGAUAGAUGGGCGGACGUUGUUAGCACCGACGAUGUUUUCUGUCCACCUGGUUACUACUGUCCAAGCACUGUACAGAAACUCGAUUGUAGUAGUGGGUUCUAUUGUAGGAAGGGUUCAACUUUGGAAACCAAAUGCUUCCACAAAGGAAGUUGUAAACCAAACUCGACAAAUCAGGACAUUACCAUAUUCGGUGCACUGCUUGUGGGUGCCCUGAGUUUGGUGCUGUUGAUCAUUUACAACUUCUCUGGACAACUCCUGAUGAACCGGGAGAAGAAGCAAGCAAAAUCUAGGGAGGCUGCUGCAAGACAUGCUCGAGAGACCGCCGUGGCCCGUGAACGAUGGAAAACAGCUAAAGAUGUCGCAAAGAAGCACGCUGCAGGCUUGCAGUCGUCACUGUCCCGCACGUUCUCGCGCAAGAAAAGCCUUAGGACACACGAAUCGUCCAAAGGAGGUCUCGGUGGUGGUGAUCUGCCUUCAACCGAUGACCAGCCGACAAACGAAGCAGGAGGAGGAAAGAAGGAUAGUAGCCUUACUGACAUGGUGCGUUCCAUUGAAGACAACCCUGAGAAAGGCGAAGGAAUCAGUGUGCAAAUAGGAGGAGGAGCAGGAGAGAAAAAGAAGGCCAAAGGGAAGCAUGCCCAUACCCAGAGCCAGAUUUUCAAGUACGCGUAUGGACAGAUCGAAAAGGAAAAGGCAAUGGAACAGGAGAGCCAAAACCUUACGUUUUCAGGAGUGAUAUCGAUGGCGACCGAUGAAGACAUCAAGAAAAGGCCCACGGUUGAGAUCGCCUUCAAAGACCUCACACUGACAUUGAAGGGGAGCAAGAAAAAGCUCUUGAGAUCAGUGACCGGAAAACUCAUGGCUGGAAGGGUCGCCGCCGUGAUGGGCCCAUCAGGCGCCGGGAAGACCACAUUCUUGAGUGCUAUUGCUGGCAAGGCAACAGGAUGCGAAACAACAGGGAUGAUACUGAUCAAUGGGAAGACGGAACCUAUCCGCGCAUACAAGAGAAUCAUCGGCUUUGUCCCGCAAGAUGACAUCGUGCAUGGGAACUUAACAGUUCAGGAGAAUCUCUGGUUCAAUGCAAGAUGCAGGCUUUCUGCUGACAUGUCAAAGGCUGAUAAGGUUCUUGUCGUGGAAAGAGUAAUCGAGUCCUUGGGACUGCAAGCAGUUCGUGAUUCUUUGGUCGGAACUGUUGAGCAGCGUGGCAUCUCUGGUGGCCAGCGCAAACGAGUAAACGUCGGGCUAGAAAUGGUCAUGGAACCCUCAGUCCUGAUCUUAGAUGAGCCGACAUCAGGUUUGGACAGUGCCUCAUCCCUGCUUUUACUUCGCGCUCUGCGUAGGGAAGCUCUUGAGGGUGUCAACAUCUCUAUGGUCGUCCAUCAACCCAGUUAUACAUUGUACAGGAUGUUUGAUGACUUGAUACUUCUCGCGAAAGGUGGUAUGACUGUGUAUCACGGGCCUGUAAAGAAAGUGGAGGAAUACUUUUCAGGAUUGGGCAUUGUUGUGCCGGACCGUGUGAACCCACCGGACUACUAUAUAGACAUCUUGGAAGGAAUUGUGAAGCCAAACUCAAAAGAACCAGUAAAUGUCAAGGAUCUCCCCAUUAGAUGGAUGCUGCACAAUGGGUAUGAAGUCCCACGGGACAUGCUGCAGAGUUCUUCUGACUCAGAAUCCUCUUUCAGAGGGGGAGGAGAUCAUGCCAAGGGAGGUGACGCUAGCCAAUCUAUUGCUGGUGAAGUGUGGGGCAAUGUCAGGGACAUAGUUGGGCAGAAGAAGGAUGAGUAUGAUUACAAUAAAACUUCCGAAAACUUAUCGAAUCGACGUACUCCCGGGAUCCUUAGGCAAUACAAAUACUACCUGGGGAGGUGUGGCAAGCAGCGGCUUCGUGAGGCUAGAAUACAAGGAGUCGACUAUCUCAUACUUGGUCUUGCUGGUAUAUGUCUAGGCACACUUGCUAAAGUGAGCGAUGAGACAUUUGGAGCGCUUGGCUACACAUACACUGUUAUUGCUGUGUCACUGUUGUGCAAGAUUGGGGCCUUGAGAUCAUUUUCGCUGGAGAAGAUACACUACUGGAGGGAGAGAGCAUCCGGCAUGAGCUCGCUGGCAUACUUCUUGUCCAAAGAUACAAUAGAUCACUUCAACACGAUUAUCAAGCCGAUCGUCUACCUCUCCAUGUUUUACUUCUUCAACAACCCAAGGUCAUCAAUCUGGGAAAACUAUGUUGUUCUUCUAGCACUCGUCUACUGUGUGACGGGGAUUGGCUACACCUUUGCCAUCUUUUUCCAGCCAAGUUCUGCGCAGCUGUGGUCGGCACUCCUUCCGGUUGUUCUAACCCUAAUAGCAACCCAGCAAAAGGACACCUUCUUCGCAAACCUGUGCUACACGAAGUGGGCUCUAGAAGCAUUUGUGAUUGCGAAUGCGCAGAAAUAUUCCGGCGUAUGGCUCAUAACACGGUGCGGCUCGCUGUUGAAUAGUGGAUAUGACAUCAAUGACAGAAUCUUGUGCAUAGUGGUUCUUGUUGCCAAUGGUGUGAUAUUCCGGUGUGUGGCAUUCUUCUGCAUGGUGAUCUUCCAGAAGCACUGA